ACUCCAACUCGGCCGAGUAAUGAUGGGCUGUCUUCCAUUCUUCUCUGUCGAAACGUGGAUUCUACUCCUCACAUUUAUCUGCUUUUUUGUCAUAUAUAGCAACCGGCCUUAUGGAAUAUUUGAGAAGUUAGGGAUCCCGGGUCCCAAGCCGUACAUUUACUGGGGCACAGUUGGAAGGCACCACAAAGUUUACUACGAGGAUGAUGUCCAAAGUGCUAAGAAGUAUGGAAAAGUGUGGGGGACGUAUGAAUUCAGGACGCCGGUGCUGGCCGUGACGGACCCUGAGAUGCUGAAAACCAUCCUGGUGAAAGAGUGCUUCACUUACUUUACAAACCGGAGGGUGAGAAGAACUCACAGGAUUAAGAAUUAAUAGUACAAAAGACCCCGAAGUCACAGUGACUUGUGACCACCAGAAUCUGAUCAGGGACUACAGAUGAAAAAUAACCUCUUGGAUAACUGGCACAAUUACAGAGAUGUUUUGUAAAAAAAAAAAAAAAAAAAAAACUGUUCAAACUAGAGUCCAGUUAUUGAAAUGUGUGCCGAAUUUGAAAAAUAUCCUUCAAUUCCUGAUAUACUGCAUUCACGACAAUGAACGGCCGGACAGAAGGACAACAUAAUGGGUUGAUUUCCCAAAGCAGCAGGAGGAGUUCUUAGCAAAGGUGACAUAUGAAAAAGAAUUUCCAUCUGAACGGGGAACUCUAUGACGCGGUGUCUAUUGCUGAGGACGACGAAUGGAGACGGAUUCGUAACAUCCUCACGCCGUCCUUCACCUCCGGCCGUAUAAAAGAGAUGUUUAGCGUCAUGAAAAAUAUUUCCGGCAAACUGACAGCCAGCAUGCGGUCCAAGGCGCACAAUAAUGAAGUUAUUGCUGUAAAAGACAUCUUCGGGCCGUACAGUAUCGAUGUGAUGGCGAGCUGCGCGUUCAGUCUGGACGUGGACUCCAUCAACAACCCUUCAAGUCCCAUCAUCGACCACGCCUCCAAGCUGUUCAGGUUCCCCGUCCCCGUUUUAAUUCUCCAAGGUGCAUCGCUGCUUUUUCCUUUUCUUUACGUUGACGUCAAACAGCUUCGUUUAGUGACUUCAAUCACAAUUGUUGACGCCCCCUUUCCCUCCCCAGGGUUCUUCCCUAUCCUCCUUCCUCUCUUCGAGCGUCUGGGUGUCACCAUGUUCUCCAAGACCUCGACUGAUUUCUUUAAAAACGUUCUGGAGAAGAUCCGAGAAGAACGCAGCGGGAGCUCAGCCCAGAAUCCAGGAGAUGUCCUUCAAAAUAUGAUCAACUCUCAGACUGCUAAUAAAGCCAGUAAAGGAAAGCAGAAGAAAGGUCUUACCGAUCAUGAGAUCUUAUCUCAAGCCAUAAUGUUCAUGUUCGCCGGUUACGAGACGAGCACAACCACGCUUGUGUUCUUGGCCUAUAACUUGGCAACGAAUCCCGAAGUCAUGAAACGCCUGCAGGAGGAGAUCGACUCCACUUUCCCCGAUAAGGGUGCCGUCCGAUAUGAAGCCCUGAUGCAGAUGGAGUACCUAGACUGUGUUGUCAAUGAGAGUCUGAGGCUCUACCCUCCAGCUGCACGUCUGGAUCGGAUUGCCAAAGAAACGGUGAAGAUUUGUGGAAUCACAAUCCAAAAAGACAUGGUUGUUAUGAUUCCAGUCUACGCUCUUCAGCGCGACCCCGAGCUGUGGCCGGAGCCAGAGGAGUUCAGGCCUGACAGGUUCAGCAAGCAGAACAAGCAGAGCAUCAAGCCGUACGCUUACAUGCCGUUCGGGGUGGGGCCGAGGAACUGUUUGGGGAUGCGAUUCGCUCAGGUGAUGGUCAAACUGGCCCUGGUGGACAUUCUGCAGAACUACAGCUUCUCCGUCUGCGAAGAGACAGAGAUCCCUUUGGAGAUGGAUUACAAAGGCUUCGUCGGACCCCUAAAUCCAAUCAAGCUAAAGCUGGAGACGCGUUGAAAUCCCCUCAGGGAAGUCCCACUGGGAAUGUGGACAAGUCCCACUGGGAAUGUGGACAAGUCCCACUGGGAAUGUGGACAAGUCCCACUGGGAAUGUGGACAAGUCCCUAUGGGGCUGAACAAGACGACGAAGGGAAUAUAUAUACACGUGUGCAUCGAAACCGUUUUUAAUAUAAUAAACACAAAUGAAUAACC